AUGCAGACCGUUAUCAACAAGGUCACCGGAAACGACGCCAACAACAUCAGCGGCUUCGACCACGAGAGCGUUCCCGAACUCAAGGGCAGGACUGCAGUCGUGACUGGCGGUACGGUCGGCAUUGGCUUCGAAGUCGCCAAGGCCCUCGCGCUCGCCGGAGCGCGCGUCCUCCUACUGUCGCGCAGAAGUGAGAACGCGGAGGAAGCCAUCUCAAAGAUCAAGUCCGAGGCAGACCCAACCGCGCCCAUCGUCGACGUCACCUUCACGCCGUGCGACCUGGGCAGUCUAGAAAAUGUCAGGCAGGUCGGGGACCGCAUCCGAGAGCAAGAGGACCGACUUGACAUCCUUGUCCUCGACGCCGGCGUGGGCGUGAACAAAUACGACGUCUCCGCCGACGGCAUCGACCGCCACUUCGCCGUGAACCACCUCGGGCACUUCUAUCUCACCAACCGCGUGCUCCCGCUCAUGCGGCGCACCACCGAGCUCCCCGACACACACGUCCCGCGGAUCGUCGCCGUCUCCUCCGAGCUGCAUCGCGCGCUCGCGACGACGGUCAAAUUCGCGUCCAUCGACGAGAUCAAUACCGACAUUGGCGCGAACGGGCUGUAUGCGCGCAGCAAGCUCGCGAACAUCCUCUUCAUCAAGUAUGGGCUGGUCGAGCGCGUCCUCCGUCCGACAAAUUCGCGCAUCGUCGCGAUCGCGACGCACCCCGGCGCGGUGCACACGACGCAACAGGACCAGUUCAAGGACACAUUCGGCACCGUUAUGGGAACGAUGAUGAAGCACCUCACCAUCCCGUUCAUGCGCAACCCGGAGCAAGGCAGCCUGAGCACACUCUGGGCGGCGACGAGCGAGGAAGUCGAUCAGGACCCGGCGAAGUGGAACGGACACUACAUCACGGAUCCGGGACAGCUGAACGAGGAGAGCAGAGCCGCGCAGUCCCCGGAGUUGGGGAAGAAUCUGUGGGGCCUCAGUGAACUCAUUGUGAGGAAGAAUUUAGGCCCCGACGCUCUGCUGCCAUGGGAUCAGCACAUGUAA